CCACCAAUUCCCACAUCCUACAGUGCUCUACAGCUCUAUAAAAAUCAUUUAGCUACAUCCGUGUUUACAUCCUUCGUGACAAUAUUGUAGCACAGACUGUAGCGCAGUACUGUGACGUGGGCGCUUUUGUCCGUGGCGUCUUGAAGUACCUCCUUCAACCGCGUUCAAGACACUUCUCAUCAGCCUCUCAGACACCCGCGAUUGAGAUCUCUGGAGACAAAGCCGAAUCCGAAGAGCUGGAUUUAUUCUCUUUCAUCUCAUGCCACGAACUGACAAUUGGCAGCAAGCUUGACGAGAGAUGGCAAGCAAGGGAAAAGCUCGGCCUGAUCCGAAGGACUUCCAGUUCAGCAAGCAAGAGAAGGCAACGCUUGUCAAGCUGCCUGGCAGCAUCAACGGCAUUGACUUUAUUCUAGAAGACCUGACAGACUGCAAAGUGUAUCUGCUGGACCAUUCCUCCCAAGUCCAGAUCGACAACUGCACCCGCUGCGAGAUUCUCAUCGGCCCAGUCGACGGUCCCGCCUUUUUCCGAGACUGCCGCGAUUGCAAAGUGGCUGUUGCAUGCCGACAGCUGCGCACCCGCGACUGCCACAACAUCGAUGUCAGUCUCCACGUUGCAACGGACCCCAUCAUCGAAUCGUCUUCCGGUGUCCGGUUCUGCCCAUGGCUGCCUUCGUACCCAGAGGCGGAGUCUCAGUUCAAAGCAGCGAACCUCCCCCCGGGGCAAAAUAAGUGGGAGGCAGUGUACGACUUCACUCCUCCAGUGGCCGGGGAAGCGCCUCACUGGUCUGUCCUUCCGGAAGCAGAGCGCCCGGACUGGACAGUACUGGCUUCCUCGGUCAUCAACCAAGUCGGCGGCGGGGAGUGCGGAGAUGCGGUGCCUUCUGAAACGGAGGCUGCGACGAACAACUCCAAAGGGAACGCGUCCGAGGCACCUAGUGACGCGUCCCUCCAGCCAAUAGGCAGGGGACACGUGUUGUUAACUCCUCAACUGGAUCCGACCUCGUCGGAGCUAGGAGAAGUGAGUAGUGACGCUGGGCCUCGGGUGCAGAAUGCGGUUUCUAAUAAAGUCGUCAAAACGGAUUCCCCGGAGGUGUCAGGAUCAGGUAGAGCGGAGUCGAACGGAAAAAGCGGCGCUCCGGCGGAGCCGCAAAGAGCGGAAUCGGAACCUCCGAUUGAGGACCGUGCGCGUAAAGAGUCGAGUGUUGUAGGUCCAAAAUCUGAUCAAGCCUCCGCUUCCAAAAAGAUCUUGGCUGUCGAAGAAGAAACACCUGUCGCCAAAGAGAGUGUGACGGGGGCUGAUGAGAGCGCCUCUGAUUCCGUGCGGCCAAAGCUAGGGAUGUUCGGAUUCGUCGCCCGAAGUGUACGACGCUUUUUCUCAAGGCUUGCAACUCCCUGGCGUACCACGAGCCCGCCGAACAAUAGCUCGCUUGUAUUUUCUGGAUAAGUUAGUAGUUGCGCCUGACAGUCCGUUGUCCUGACAAGCUGAAAGCUUGCUAGCAUUUAAAAAGUGGUUGGACUGAUGAGACGGUGGUAUCGCGUAACUUGAUGGACAGUCACGACCUGAAAUAUAGUCAACAGCAAGGCCUACAAAGGUAGUGGACAUAAUCGCUGAUACUGCCAUCGCUAGAUUCAACGAUACAAGGAUCGAGGCACCGUACCGAGGCCUACCAUGGUGCUACUAGCACCAUCAAAGGUUUAAGGGAGGUCGGUAGCAUUCAAGAUAAUGUGAGGCAGUUGUCGCAACCGUUCAAUGGUGGCACAUGCACAGUCAGAUGCAUCAACAUCUAAUGAUUGAAGCCUGCAGUCGAUAUACACG